CCUGAGGAGAGGAACCACCCCCACUCCCAAGCCUGCCGUCAGUCAAAGGGGUGGGGAAUGAAAUAGACAAAAACGCCAGCGGGGAGGGCACGCUCUCUAUCACAGCCCUGCCAAGGCUCCGUUUGGAGGGGGCCUCCCUCUUCUGGAUUCAUUUCAAGGCACUUUUUAAAAGUAUUUCCCUCGUUAGUUUAUAAUGAGGUGGUUUUUAACUUCUCCAGUCGAUAACAGCGGGCCACUGUCCUGACUCCACUCUGGCUGGGGAACUGGGCUAGAGGGGAUGUUUAGAGGGCUGCACGUUGCAUUGGGAGAGGUAGCUCUGUCCCAGGCUCUGCGCUCUCUCAACGAGCUUCUGUGGCUUUAAGGCGAGAUACAUUUUCCAGCCUGUGUCGCAGCAACUUUGUAUCAGUCAUGUCGCCCGCCCGUUGACUGAAACGGCUUUCGUCCAAUGAGAAACCCUCCAGAGCCCAAUAGAGCGUCUCUUCUCUUUCCCUCCGCCAGUGGAGGCAACCGAAGGGCGGGAUAUUAACUUGAACUUUAUCUGAGCAUGUGACAUGUUUUUAAAAGGACUUGGCACCUUUUUUUUUCCCCUUCGUCUGCCCUGCUCAGUGUCAUUGGGCGACGUAGCGAACUUCAGGUUAAGAGGGAAGCCAGCGGAUUUACCUGCUGGCGAAUAAUUAUUUCUUGUUCUAAUGUGAAACCAUCAGCAUUUUCUGGCCUAGAUGUUGGAUUUAGGUGGGUUACACUUUAAUGGAAAUGCGGACUGUAGCAACAGGUAGAGACAGACAGCGCAGGUGUCCGGGGGAAGCACUGGCAGUUCUUGUCCUCUUAUGGCUCGGUGUCGUUGUAUCCACUUUGCAAAGGAGUUAUGGAGACAAAAGGAUACUACAGUUACCCAGAAGGCUUAAACAUGGAGAAACGGUGGGGUCAAGUUUCUCAGUCUGUGGAGUAUUCUUCAGGUGCUGGAGAGCGGACUGAUGAGAGUAAUUAUAUGGAGAUUGUAAAUGUAAGCUGUAUAUCUGGUGCUUUUCCAAACAGCAGUGCUCAAGGAAACAGCAAAGAAAAACCUGAACUACUCCCUAGCCUGCAGCAAGAUAAUAAUCAGCCUGGUAUUUUAAACUCUGACAUAAAGAGUGAGUCAGACUCAAAGGAACUUUCAGCAACUGUUGCUGAAUCUAUGGGUUUAUACAUGGAUUCCAUACGAGAUGCUGAUUAUACCUACGAUCAGCAAAAUCAACAAGGGAGCAUAAGUCCUGGGAAGACUUAUCAAAAUGUUGAGCAGCUGGUAAAGUUCUAUAAGGAAAAUGGCCAUUGUGCCUCUCCCUUAAACAGUGCAAAUAGGCCCUUGAGAUCUUUGAUAUCAGACUCUGGAAGUUCUAUGAAUGGUGGUCUCAUGCGCACUAUUGUCAAAAGCCCUAUAAUGUGUCCUGAGAAAACUCCUUCUGGCAGUAGUCCUCAGAACAUGACUCCUUCAGUUUGUAGCCCAGCUGGCAUUAACUGUGUAUCCUCAACUACUUCUACUAAUUUUGUAAAUUUUCCAGUGCACAGCCCAGUCAGCCAGGGAACUCCUUUGUCAUGCUCACCUAACAUUGAAAACCGGAGCUCUAGAUUGCACAGUCCUGCACACGUUAGUAAUGUGGGAUCUCCUCUUUCUAGUCCUAUAAGUAGCAUGAAAUCACCAAUUUCAAGCCCUCCUAGUCACUGCAGUGUGAAAUCUCCAGUCUCAAGUCCUAAUAAUAUCACUAUGAGAUCCUCUGUUUCCAGUCCUGCAAAUAUGAACUCAAGGUGCUCUAUUGCCAGCCCUUCCAAUACAAAUAAUAGGUCCAGUCUUUCUAGUCCAGCUGUUAGCACUGUGGGAUCUUCUAUCUGUAGCCCAGUAAACAAUGCCCUAGGCUUCCCUGCUUCUGGAGCACCUGCUGGACCUAGCACAGGCCAAGAUACUAUUCCUAGUCCAGAAACAAAAGACAAAGGUGCUCAAGAAAUCACAUUUCCUAAAAUGGAGGAAAUGGAGAAUGCCAUCUCGAACAAUUGUGUAGCUGGUCAGAUGAAUCUUGUUCAGUUUAUAAAGCCUGACCCAGAUGGAGCAUUUGGUAGCUCAUGUAUUGGAGAAAAUAGUAAAAUCAACUCUGAUUCCCCAUUUUCAGUACCAGUAAAACAGGAAUCAGCUAAACAUUCUUGUUCUGGUGCCUCUUUUAAAGGGAAUCAAGCAGUAAAUCCAUUUCCAUUUAUGGAUGGUUCAUAUUUUUCUUUUAUGGACGACAAAGACUAUUAUUCUCUUUCUGGGAUUUUAGGACCACCUGUUUCAUCAUUUGAUGGCAAUUGUGAAGGUAGUGGGUUUCCAAAUCCAGGCCUACCUGUGGGUAUUAAACAGGAGCCUGAUGAUGGCAACUAUUAUCAAGAGAACAGUAUGCCAUCGUCUGCCAUUGUUGGUGUGAAUUCAGGUGGACAAUCAUUUCACUACAGGAUUGGAGCUCAAGGCACAAUAUCUUUAUCACGACCUGUUGCUAGAGAGCAGACUUUUCAGCAUGUGAGCUCAUUUCCUCCAGUCAGUACACUAGUUGAGACAUGGAAAUCACAUACUGACUUAGCGUCCAGAAGACAUGAUGGGUAUCCAGUUUUAGAAUACAUUCCAGAAAAUGUGUCAAGCUCCUCACUUAGAAGUGUAUCAACUGGAUCCUCAAGACCUUCCAAAGUAUGUCUCGUAUGUGGGGAUGAGGCAUCUGGAUGUCAUUAUGGGGUGGUUACCUGUGGCAGUUGCAAAGUUUUCUUCAAAAGAGCAGUGGAAGGUAAAUGUUCAUGGCAGCACAAUUACCUAUGUGCAGGAAGAAAUGACUGUAUUAUUGAUAAGAUUCGAAGGAAGAACUGCCCGGCUUGCCGAUUACAGAAGUGUCUACAAGCUGGAAUGAAUUUAGGAGCCCGAAAGUCCAAAAAGUUGGGAAAAUUGAAAGGGAUGCAUGAAGAACAGCAACAACAACAGCAGCAGCAGCAACAGCCACCACCCCAAAGCCCAGAGGAAGGGACUACAUAUAUUGCUCCAGUAAAAGAGCCAUCUGUAAACACAGCACUUGUUCCUCACCUGUCUGCUAUUUCACCAGCACUUGCUCCUUCACCCUCUAUGGUCCUUGAAAGCAUUGAGCCUGAAAUAGUGUAUGCAGGAUAUGAUAAUUCAAAACCAGAUACAGCGGAGCACCUGCUUUCCACUUUAAACCGCCUUGCUGGCAAGCAGAUGGUUCAGGUGGUAAAGUGGGCAAAGAUACUUCCAGGAUUUAGAAACUUGCCUCUAGAGGACCAAAUUACUCUAAUCCAGUACUCAUGGAUGUGUCUAUCAUCAUUUGCCUUGAGCUGGAGAUCAUACAAACAUACAAACAGCCAAUUCCUCUAUUUUGCUCCAGAUCUGGUCUUCAAUGAGGAGAGGAUGCGCCAGUCUGCAAUGUUUGAACUGUGCCAGGGGAUGCACCAGAUCAGCCUGCAGUUUGUUCGCUUGCAGAUUAGCUUUGAAGAAUAUACCAUAAUGAAAGUUUUGCUGCUGUUAAGCACAGUUCCCAAGGAUGGCCUCAAAAGCCAAGCUGCAUUUGAAGAAAUGAGGGCAAAUUACAUCAAAGAACUAAGGAAGAUGGUAACUAAAUGUCCAAGUAACUCUGGACAAAGCUGGCAACGAUUCUACCAAUUGACUAAGCUUCUGGACUCCAUGCACGAUCUUGUUAGUGACUUGUUAGAAUUCUGUUUCUACACCUUCCGAGAGUCUCAGGCACUGAAAGUGGAGUUUCCAGCCAUGCUGGUGGAAAUCAUCAGUGACCAGUUACCAAAGGUGGAGUCUGGAAAUGCCAAGCCCCUGUACUUUCACAGGAAGUGAUGGAAAAUGUCUUAAUAGAAGAACUUUGCCUUAAGUUUCCUUGUGUUAUUCCACACCCAUGAAGGACCCAAGAAACCACAUUUUAAACGUGCUAUUUACACUUGUUCAGCAGCCUCUGACUAGUCUAAAAUCAUGUGAAGGGUUUGGAAAACAUUUGAUCCGGAUUUGGCAAGACCUAGAUGUGUGAAAAUUACCCCCUUACUCCCAACACUUAGAAAAUGUUCCUGUUCCUCUGGAUGAAAAGCCAUAUCUAGUCAAUAACUCUUUGAUUUUGAUAUUUUAACAGAUGGAAGUUUUAAAUAUGCCAUGUAGUUUCUGGUAUUGUUUGCUUGUUUUAAAAGGGUUCAAGGACUAAUACAAACUUUUUAAAGCUUACCCCCUGGUUUGCACAUAAAACGUAAA